UCAAUUAAGACUCAAGUCACGUCUUACUGUCUUAGAGAGGGAGAGAAAUAAUGGGAGAGAGACAGGGAGAGAAGAAGAUGGAGCAGAGACUCGUAGAGGCAGCCAUUCAAGGGAAAACGGCCUCACUGAAACAAAUACUUGGCGAAGAUCCGCUGAUUCUUCGACGAGUAAAGAUGGUUUGUUUCGUCUACACUCCUCUCCACGUGGCCGCGUCCGAGGGGCACCUGGAAUUUGUCCGGGAGCUGUUGGAUAACAAGAAGGCACUCGCCCGAGUGCUGGACAACCGGCGGUGGUCGGCCCUCCACCUGGCGGCGGCCAACGGACACGACAAGAUUGUGGAAGUUUUAGUGGAAGCUAACGCCAACAUGUGCUUGACUCUGGACGGCGACGGCAGAAAUCCUCUGCAACUGAUUCAUGAGUUGCUCAAAGCCAUAGAUGGCGGCGACAACACCAUCCUUCAUCUGGCUGUCAAGACCAAGAAAUUUGAGGUCGUGAUGUUGUUGCUUGAUAAAAUAAAAGAUCAAGUGAAAGCGACGAAAAUUCAAAAGAGAGACAUCCCCUUAAACACAAUAAACAAAUGCGGGUGCACAGCUCUAGACAUUCUGGAGAAAUUCAAAUCUUCUGAAGUACAAGAUUUUAAAAAAGUCAAGAAGAAGUUUAAAAGAGCUGGUGCCUUGAAAGCUGCUACCUUGAAAGCUGCUGCCUUGAAAGCCGAAGAAGUCAAUCAGCUUGAGGGGCUAUACAAGAGGCAGAAUACGUUGAUGGUGGUGGCGUCGCUUAUCGCAACCGUGGCUUUCCAAGCCGGGGUGACCCCUCCCGGUGGUGUCUGGCAAGAGAGUGGAAGAGACAAAAUCACAAACGAGAUCCAUAUGGCUGGAGAAGCUGUGAUGGCUUAUAACCACCCAGAGAGAUAUACAUUGUUCUUUAAUGCCAACACAAUAGGAUUUGCGUCAUCACUAAGCGUAAUUCUGUUUCUAGUGACCGGAUUGCCCUUCAAGAAAAAGUUGUUUACACGGAUCAUGGUGCUGAUCAUGUGCCUCACAGUUACAGCCAUGGCACUUACAUACGCUUAUUCAAUCAUCGCGAUCAUCACCCCGCCAGAGAAAUUGGGAACUGUCAGCCGUUCCAUUUCUUUUGGGGUACAAGUUUGGUGCGUGGUGAUCUGUGUUAUUGUGGUAAUCCACACCACUCCCUUGCUGAACAGGUGGUUGAAGGUCAUCUGGGAUAUAAUACGGCCACUGAUGAAGAAGUUCAUGGAAUUCAUCUCAGCGUGGUUGAAGGACAGCUGGGAUAUAAUACGACCACUGAUGGAGAAGUUCAUGAAAUUCAUCUCACCUUCAAGUAACCAACGCCUACCAACUUCAUCUGAUGGGAAUGAACCUCGACCCGCUCCAGCUUAAUGGGAACGGGAACAUAAUUUGAUCUAUAAUUAGCCUUAUCCGCGAGUUUGAAUUAGUGAAAGGAAGAUGGCAUAAUUGAUGGACUGAGUAGAGAUCUCUUUUAGAAUGUGUUAAAUGUAUUAUUAUUGCCUUCUAGUUCCUUUUUAUGGAAAUUGAAUAAUUUCUUCGAAGUCGAAUCAGGUUAUAUAUGUUGCUCUAUUGUUCAGGAA